UCCCGCCCUCCUGGGCGCCAGCCCCAGGCCGCUGCUGCCCUCUGGAGCCGCGCAGGAGGCUCCGAGACAACUUUGGCUGGCCGAACUUCAGAAUGACUGAAGAAGCAUGCAGAACACGGAGUCAAAAACGAGCACUUGAGCGUGAAACAACCCUAAAUGAUGUGGAUAGUAAAAAAAUAAAAAUGGAGAAAGGAUUACUGGGAUCAGACCACAAGACUGAAAGUGACUUGAAAAUGAAGUCUGAACCUGGAGCAGCCAAGGUCCAAGGAUUACUAAAAGGAGGAGAGGUCAAGGCAACUAUUAAGGUGGAAGUUCAGACAAGUGAUGAGCCAGUGGAUAUGAGUACCUCAAAAAGGCCAGAAAAGAGAGUUCCCUCACCUGAUAUUAUAGUGUUAUCAGACAAUGAACCUUCAAGCCCUAGAAUGAAUGGCUUAACAAAAGUACCACUAAAGGAGACCAACACCGAAGCCCUCCUGAAGAGCAGUCCAGAAGAACGAGAGAGAAUGAUCAAACAACUCAAAGAAGAACUGCGAUUAGAAGAAGCAAAACUUGUUUUGUUAAAAAAGCUAAGACAAAGUCAGAUACAAAAAGAAGCCACUGCCCAGAAGCCUGCUGGCUCCUCUGGGAAUGCUGUGGCCACCCCUCCCCCUUUGGUACGGGGAACACAAAACAUUCCUGCUGGCAAGCCAUCUCUCCAGGCUUCAUCUACAAGAAUACCAGGCAAUGUUAUUCCCCCUCCUCUGGUCCGUGGAGGCCAACAGGCAUCUUCAAAGCUGGGAUCUCAGCAGAACACACAGAUAGUGAUGCCCCCUCUUGUUAGAGGAGCACAGCAAAUCCAUAACAUCAGACAGCAUUCCAGCACGGGGCCACCUCCUCUACCUCUGGCACCACGGGCAUCUGUUCCUAGUGUGCAGAUUCAGGGACACAGAAUUAUACAACAGGGUCUCAUCCGUGUUACCAAUGUCCCCAACACUAGUCUGUUGGUGAAUAUCCCACAGGCCUCACCAACUUCAAUUAAGGGUACAACAGUCACAUCUGCUCAGGGUAAUGCAACUACCACUGGGGUUGCAUCCAUAGUGAAUGCCAAUGAUUCACCAGCCAGCCGGCAAGCUGCUGCAAAGCUCGCCCUACGUAAACAGCUGGAAAAGACACUGUUAGAGAUUCCCCCUCCUAAACCACCUGCUCCGGAGAUGAAUUUUCUACCCAGUGCAGCCAACAAUGAAUUUAUAUACCUGGUUGGAUUAGAGGAAGUGGUACAGAAUCUCUUAGAAACUCAAGGCAAAACUUCAACUGCAGCUUUAUCCCAUGAGCCCUACAUGUGUGCUCAGUGUAAGACUGAUUUCACCUGCCGAUGGCGAGAAGAAAAAAAUGGAACCAUUAUGUGUGAAACUUGUAUGACAUCAAAUCAAAAAAAGGCACUGAAGGCUGAACACACAAAUCGUCUGAAGGCUGCUUUUGUAAAGGCUUUGCAACAGGAGCAAGAAAUUGAACAGCGGAUAUUGCAGCAGACAUCUUCUCCAAUGCAGACCAAGUCAGAGUCAAUGGCCCAACAUCAUUCACUAAAACAGACUUCUAGCCCCCUGGCCCGAGGCCCCCCAGGGGCUCCCCGAGGAGUCUUGCAUACAUUUAGCCAGUCACCUAAACUUCAAAAUACAGCAGCUGCUGCAGCACUUGUUACCAGGCCAGGUAAGCAUGCUGAGAGACCUGUCAGCAAGGGCAAUGCUACCACCAACUGGAAGAAGACUCCCAUCAAUACAGGUGGCGCUCUUACUUUUGUUAAUCCUAGUUUAGCAGUACAUAAAAGUUCUUCUGCAUUAGAACGUCAGCGUGAAUAUCUCUUAGACAUGAUCCCACCACGAUCCAUCCCUCAGUCUGCCACAUGGAAAUAAUGCAAAGCAAAGCCCAAGUGGAAGACUUCCCUCUUUCUGCCAUCCUUUUUUUAUGCCACAGUACAGUGUGGGACCUGCUUUAGCCCAACAGCUGGAUAUGUUCUCUCC